GGUCAAACGACACAGCGAACGGGGAGGAAGUGAGGGAGCCGCUGCCUGUGCUGUCACAGCCGAGUCAAAGCAAAAUCACUGUAACGCAGCAAAAGGCCGAUCCUGCCACGGAUUCAACUGUUACGGAUUAAAAGCAAGCGCCCGGGCCGCCGCCGCCGACAUGUCGAAGACCACCGUGUCCGCCCGCUUCAGGCGAGUGGACGUGGACGAGUACGACGAGAACAAAUUCGUGGAUGAGGAGGACGGGGGAGAAAACCAGCUGGGUCCCGACGAGGCGGAGGUGGACUCCCUCAUCAGACAAGGAAAUCUCAUGGAGGCUUUACACGCAGUACUCAAGAAUCCGCCAAUUAAUACAAAGAACCAGAAUUUAAAGGAUCGUGCAGAGGGUUUGGUGCUGAAGGUGCUCAGUGCCUUCAAGAGCAGCGACAUAGAAAAAGGCGUGCAGUCGCUCGACAAGAACGGCGUCGACCUGCUCAUGAAGUACAUCUACAAAGGCUUCGAGAGGCCGUCGGAGAACAGCAGCGCGGUCCUGCUGCAGUGGCACGAGAAGGCCCUGGCAGCCGGAGGCGUGGGCAGCAUCGUCAGGGUGCUGACCGCGAGGAAGACGGUCUGAGAGAGGAGCGAUCGCCAGCAGAUGCGAGGGUGUGGUGGCACCAUACUGUACUGUUAUCUAAGCGGUGGCACGGGGCCCAAAAUCUACAUUAUUGCCCAAUGUGAUCCAGCGGUUUGAGCUCAGUUAAAGUAAAAUCUGGGCCGUUGGGCAGAAAUACUAGGUUUUUGAGUUUUUUCCUGUGCACAUCCUCCUAAAACUGUAUUUCCCACAGGGUGCUACAAAUAAGUUCACAGCCCACGUGUCCACUGCUUCCUGGAUCUGUUUGUCAUUCCUGUUGUACCCAUUUUGUCCACUGGUUCCAAGUGAUGACAUGAUGACUAAGCAUUUCCUGCUGUUUCUUAAAAAUGUAUCAAGUCACAAUUAAGCUUCUUAAAAUAAUUAUAUGAAAUUUUGCAAAUAUACCCAGUUUGCUGUACAACCUUUAAAAGGUUGGGAGCGCUGGGAUUUCUACAAUAUGAAUCGUUACCUUUAGGCUUCAGGGCUAAAGUUCCUCUCAAUCAUAAAAAGAUUUUAUAGCGAGACAGAUCCUGUCGUUGAGGUUGUAAGUAGUUUGUCCAACAUUUCAUUAAGGAAUUCUCAGCGUUUUGUGUCUUCAUUGUUUUUGUAUUGAACCUGUCUCAGGUCCAUGCUGUAGGUUUUUAAUAC